AGGGAGAGGCCGCAGGACCACUCACUCCAACCUGAGCAGCGGAGCAGAGCACAUCCCCAGCAGGAGACAGAGUGUGGCACCAUGGCGACUAUGCGUGUGAUGGCACUGAUGGUUGUGCUGGUGGUGGUGGCACUCCCGACUGUCUUAGGCUUGUCUUUGUCCUGCACGGAGCCCUUCAAGGCUGUGGCCAACAAGUGGUGCGUGGCGGCCAACAUCAGCGUGCCUGAGGUGGCGCACACGUGGCCUGGAGCGAGGAGCGCGUGUCAGAGAAUAAAAGGAGACUUGAUCAUCCUGGAGGAGGACGACAAGAUGCAAGCCAUCACCGCCCACCUGCUCACUCAGUUUAGUGAAGGCAGAGAGUCGUAUCCCUUCUGGGUGGGCGGCAGAGGAAAUUUAGGCAAGUGGACGUGGGUGGACGGAAGCCCCAUGAACCUCCAGUCCAACAUGUGGAUUCCAGACAGCCCGUACGAAAAGUUAAACAAUGGAGUCUCCCACACUCUGCUGAUUCAGGCAGGACCCUGGAAAAGGCGGUACAUGGAAUCCAUGCCCCCGGAAAGUAACUUCCCGGGCUACAUUUGUGAGAAGUAGAUAGAUCAGCACGGAAAGAUAGAAAAUAAGGGUGAGGUUAGAGUAAUAAGAAAACCAUGUACUUGAUUUGAAUGGCAAGAAAAAAGAGGAGGAUAAAAGUGAAUCAAGAUCGUUUGUGAGUUUGUGAGUAUUAGAUGAGUAAAGAUAUGGUGUAAUUGUCAGGCUCUGGUGGUAGGAUAGGCUGAGGGAAAACUUCGAAACCUGCUUGACUCUGAAAGGAGAAUUAGAUAGCUAAAGGAGGAAAGGAAGGAAUACAAAAGAGAAUUAAAUAAAAGAAAAAGAAAUGAGAAAACUUUAUGUAAUAUGUUUAAGAAGUACACAGAAAUAUUACAGAGACAA